AUGGAGACUCUAAAAGUAUCUUGUUCUCUGGAAAUGAGAAGUGACAUGAGCGGUAUUGAUGAAACGAAUUCCAAAAUAGAAGAUUCUGGACCUAAACAAGGAAGGAUUGGAAGUAAAGUAGAAAAGAAUAGUUCGGACCCAUCUUGCCAGGGUCAUGCAAACAAGCAUGGUGUUUGUGAAACAUGCCAUGGGAGUUUUUGGGAUUUUUCAGGGCACUAUGGAAACUUGACUUUUCUCAGUCAGUUUAUAAUGUUGGAUAAGUUAAAGUGCAUUAGCAAGUCUUGUUUCCGUGUACUCCUUGAUGAGAAAGAACAUGUUGACCUUUUAAAGAAGAUUAGGAAUGCCAGAAUUGCACCUUUGAAGAAGAGCGAGCUUGCAAAAAGGAUUGUAAAAUGGUGUCCUGCCAUGACAAGUAGUAAGAGCCAAGUGUUCCAGAUGCAGGUAUUUGUCAUGUUGUUCCUCCCUUAGUGAAGCUGCAGAAGGCUUAGAUGGUCAUGAGAGGAUUAAGAGUCAUAUAUUUGUUUAGUUAUUGCUCUCGAGUAAUGAGACAAGCCCAUGAUGGUGGACUUCACUUGGUUUUGCAAUACUGGAGGCUCUGACUUGAGCUCGUUAUUCACUUCCAUAUUCCACACAU